AUGGCUUUGGUGUUCAUGCUGACUGACAGUGAUGAGGGGAUGACACCCUACUUCAUCCCAACGGGGAGAAUCCUUGAUGGCAAUGACAUCAGCAAGUUUGCUGUGAGCGAUGCUGAUGCAUUGCAGGAGCAUUUGAUGAAGAUGACUAAGGAGCAGAUCACCGAGACAUUAGCAAAGUUGAGCUUGAAACCGAACAGGAAGUCCUUGACCAAGCUUAACCUUGCUACGCUGAUUGCUGGGAAGAUGACUUUCUUGAGCAAGAGGGCAUCUAGCAUUUCUCAGGCUUCGUCUUCUGCUACACCUGUUCAUGGAUACUCCGCCAAAGCCAAGAAGAAUGACGACAUUGUCAUUCGCGUGAAGCCCUACGACCACAGGUGCCCUUCCCUUGACAUUGGAACCAUGGAGAUUCCAAUUCGCCUUGACAUGUCGGUCUCAACCCUGCUGGUCAAUGUCUCUGAGAAGCUCAGCGAGAUUUUCAAGGACUACGAUUGGAAGUUGGUGUUGAAGUUCAAGGAUGAGUUCCUCACCAACAGUAUCCAUGCCCUGUGGUAUGUUGGCUUCACAAAGGACAACUGCUACGCCGUCUUUGAUGAGAGUGACCCCAACUACCACAAGAUUUUUGAGGAUGUGGUCAAGAACGGGAAGGUGGAAAAGCCAUUCACCGGUGUCAGUGAUUUCACCGUUGAGGAGGUAGAGACCAAUAGCGAGGCGAGUGAGUCAGUGGAGGAGCAGGAGAUUAUCGACUGGUUGGCUCAGGCAGAGUGCAACCACUACCAGAACUCAGCCAUUGACUUCUUUGAGAAUGUCAGCACUCUCUCUGUUUGCGACCACUCAGGUGAUAAGGUGCUCUUUGACAUCCCCAUUGACAAGGACUUCAUGAGCUUGAGCAUGUUGCACCACGAGAUUGAGAACCGCUUGACCUUUGUCACGUCCAAGUCUGAGAAGAAGGUGAUCACGGAAAGCGAGUUGGACUUCAUCAUCAGCGCCACUUCCAAGCACAAGACAGUCUUGACGGACAUGAAUGACAUUGAGUAUGACAGGAUGUAUCUCUUCCUUCGCAUCCGCGGAGGCGGCAAGAAUGCAGACAAGGUCAUCAAGACCUACUUGAAGAAGGACACUCCAACAAGCUUGGGUGGAGAGGACAAGUGGCUGUUCGACAAGAUUGUCGGAAGUUCCCCCAUCUGGAAUGCCAUGACAGCAGAUGAAGUGCGCCGUGCCUUCAACGACCUGGACUUGGCAGUGCUUCGUGGGAUGGAAGACUUCCUGAAGCACGGCAAGGUCACUAAUGCCAACAAGCCCCAGAUGAUGGUGGAGAUGCUUCCGGCUAUUCAGGAGAUGGACACGGCGAUUGCCAAGAUUGUUUCCAACAAGAAAAAGGUGAAAACCAUUGUCAUGGACUACAUCAAAAUGGUUUGUGGGGAUGAGGAGGGCUCGGUGAAAGUGGUAAAGCUCGUUAAGUUCAUUGAGGGUAGGAUUGCCGUGAAGCUUGACAAGUUGGCCGAGACCGAGAAAACGGGCGGAGAUGUGAGUAUGUGA